AUGAAGGCCUCUCUCUGGUCCUUGACCUACAUCUUUGCUGGUCUUCUCCUACGUGCAGGUCUGCUCCUCUGGGGUCAACAUCAGGACGCAACACACGCCUUGCCAUACACCGAUGUCGACUACUUCGUCUUUAGCGAUGCUGCCAAGCAUGUUGUCGACGCCUGUCCACUGUCACGGACGGUCGGACGCUCUGACUACGAGUCGGACGCCGACCUUUUGGACCGCAACGACGUUCACUGCGCCAGAGGCAUCCUCCCCGCUGCGGCGCGAUUCUUGCUCAAGAACGACCCCAACAGUCACAAGCCGGCGGAUGGCUUGAAACCCGACGAGUCGGAUAGCAUGUACUUCUGGGCCAAGCGAUGCUACCAGCUCGCUAGACCGGCUUUCAAUCUGAUGGCUACCGUCGGAGAUCCAUACGCGAGGCCCACAUAUCGUUAUACACCCUUCCUGGCAGCCGUCUUGUCACCGAUUCAUCUGUUCGGAUGGACCAACUUUGGCAAGUACGUCUUUGCCGCGUCGGAUCUGCUCUGCGCUGUCCUCAUGUGGUUGAUCCUGGACGGACGACGCCCGCAAGGAUCUUACGCUGGAGCGUAUGUCCACCUCCCUGGAUUGCUGUGGAUUCUCAACCCAAUGGUCGCUCAGAUCUCGACUCGCGGCUCGUCAGAGGCACUCGUCGGCCUCUUCGUCCUCUCCUUCCUUUACUUUUUCCUCAAAGCCAACCCAGAGGCGCCGCUCGGUCUGCGUGCCAAGUAUUUGCCAGCCUACUCCGCGCAAGCGUCAGCCAACGGCGAUGACGACUCCAAGCUCAAACCACCCGUCGCAGCAGAGCAAGCUGUCAAGGAAGUUCCGACCUACGAAGCCGUCCCACCCGAGAGCGCAUUCCACGUGCUCGACUGGUCGCUCGACGCGUACAUGGCGCCGGUGCUGCUCGGCCUCGCCACGCAUCUCAAGCUCUUCCCUGUCAUCUACGGCAUUCCCGUCCUGGCCCACCUGCACCGCUCCACGGUCCAAGCCUACUCUCCUGAGCGACGCAAGACCCUCCCGCUCUGGACGAAGCAUGCAGCAGGCUUGCAGUUCGGCUUUGUGGCAUUCUACGCCUUUAUGGCGGCCAACCUGGUUGCCUGGCUCAUCUGGGGCUCGCCGUUCCUCGAGCACACCUUCCUCUACCACCUCCACCGCGCGGAUCAUCGCCACAACUUUAGCCCGUACUUCCUCGGCACGUAUCUUUCGCUCUUCACCGCCCCGGCGUCCGCGUCGACACUCGAAGCGCGCAUCCUCGCAUCGCCGCUGCUCAGCUUCCUUCCUCAGCUUCUUGUGGUGGGACUGCUCGGGUACCACCUCGGCAAGCGCGAUGUGGUGGCAGCAAUGACCGCACAGACAAUCGCCUUCGUCGCCUUCAACAAGGUCUGCACGAGUCAGUACUUUUUGUGGUUCCUCUGGCUGCUCCCGCUCGUAUGGCCCAGUCUCAAGGUGGGCAGAGUCGAGACGGGCGUCGCGCUCGCAGCGUGGGUGGGCGCACAAGCGCUGUGGCUUUCACAGGCGUAUCAGUUGGAGUUCGGCGCCAAACAAGUGUUCGCCAGGGUCUGGGCAUCAGGUCUGGUGCUAGUUGGCGUGCACGCAGGAUUGCUAGUUUGGUUUUUGUCGUCGUGGACUAGAUACAGGGUCGAGGUGCAGAAGCACGGGUUGAGGGCAAGGAACGGGGGGCUGGAGAAGACUUUCAAGUCGCAGUGA